UAUUCAAUAAUUUUUCAGAUUAAUCAGUCACAUUUCAGUUCUCAAUCAAUUUACAACUCUUAUCUAAAAAUAAAGAUGACAUACAAUUUCUUGAUGCUUCUUGCCUUCUGCGCAGCUGCGCAUGCUCAAUACUAUCCCAGUUAUGACGACAACCUAUCUGGAUCCCAUGGAUACUCCGACUACGGAGUUAUUGACUACGGAGUUAACUCCUCAGCUCUUCUCUCCAGUCCAAGGAGCAGAAUAUCUAGAUCCUUUACAACCCUUCCUGCAUCCUACACAUUAACCGCGUCAUUCACCCUGAAGAUUCCUCUGACUGAUAUUGGAACAUCUCUCUCUCUUGUUGUUCCCUUCUCCUUCACAUUCCCCUCCACUUCUCGUUCCUUCGACGGGAGAUCGUUCCAGGAAGAUUCUGAGACUGGUCGUUCCUUUGGUUCCACCACGCGCGCUGAUUUGUAUUCUACUCUGGAGAAAUAUAUUGCUACUGCGACAGGUAUGGAUGGUGAAGCUUGUCUGCUCCGAGCUGUUUGUGAGGUUGGAGCUGCCCCUGAACACGAGGAUGGUUUGAUGGGAGAUGCUGUAACAACCCUGCUGACUGCUACCAAUACUUAUACAUCCAUCACCAAUCCUUCACAGCACGCAAACCAGUACGCUGAGGCUCAGCUCACAGGACAGAUGAGUGGUAACUGUAAAAAGUAUGCUGAGAAGUGCCCUAUGUCUCUUUUCAAUCUGAUCGAACGAGUUUAAUAAAAAUCGAAGCUAUGCCAAAUACUGAUCAACUGAACUAAUCAAUUCUCUAAUCAGAUGUUAAAGUUCUCUUUAUAUUGAAUUUUAGGCCGGGAAUUUAGUUUUUUUCUAAUUUACAUCGUCGACUUAUUUACAAUGCAAACUUUACACUUUAAGACUCAAGACUUUACGUCUGCCUUAAAGAAUAAAGACUGACCUCAAAAUGUUGAAUUCAACUCGAUAAACCCGACUUUAUACAUUCUUCAAAGGCAUUAUUCAUUUAUGUAAAAGUAAUUUACAUAUGGACAAAACGACAUGUUAUUAAAUUGUUUGCGUUUAUUGUUAAGAUUUGUUAUAAUUUUAUUGUUAUUGUUUUUAGAUUUAUUCAUUAUUGUUACUCGGUUUUUAUUUGACAUGUUCUCAAAUGUGAUACAGGGUACAUGUAAUGUACAAGUGUUAUGUAU